AUUGACAUAAACAUUACUUCACUGCACACACUCACAGCGCCACACUAUCAUUCACAACAGUUGGAUACACUGAGCAGACUGUAAUAAAAAAUAGUAAAUUAAUAAAUUGUGACUUAAAAUAAUAUAUUUAAAUAAUAAAUUUAAAUUAAAUAAAUAAAUAAAUAAAAAAUGAAGUGCCUAGUAAUUUUGUGCGUUGUCCUCGGAGUCGUAAGUGGAAUUAGAGGAGAAAAAUGUGACAAGCCAGAGGUUACUGCUACGGCAUAUGUAACCCAGGACGCGACUGUCCUGACGAACGUGGCAUUCACUACACAGUUUACUCUCAAGUGCAGCAACGGAGUCAAGGAUAUUUCACUUUACGCUGAAUGUGAAGGAAAAACUCUACCCGCUGUUCGACUUAGUGCUGAUAAUAAAUACCAGGUAUCCUGGACUGAAGACAUAAAGAAAGUCCAUUCCGGCAACUACGAAGUAAAACUCUACGACGAAGAAAGUUACGCAGCAAUCAGAAAAGCGCACCGUAACAACGAAGACCCGUCAUCUGUAAAGCCACUCGCCGUGGUGACAGUGACCAACCCAGGAGUGUACCAGGGUCCUUGGAUCAACUCCGAGCUUUUAGCAGUAGCUCUUGCCGCUCUUGUUUCCUACGCAGCUUUUUCUGCCAAGUCAAAGCUCCUCGCCUAGUUCCAGAUUUAAAUCAAAUUUUUUAUCUUUAAAUUUUAAUAUUUAAAUAAAUUAACAUAUAAUUACAAA